CUAGUGGACGGGACGGUUCUUUAACAAGAACAACACGGCUACUGAUUCAACCACCUAGGUAGCUUGCUAGCCAACAUACAACCGGAACAUUGACGCUCUUUAGACCAUUUCGGUGAGUUUAAAAUACGUAUGUCGUAUCCACCAGUUACCCCUUAAUUUUCAUAUUUACAUUUUUGUUAGUCAACUAGCUGGCUGGUUAAGUUAGCAGUAGCCUAGUCGCUAAUGAUAGCUACCUAACGUUACCUCGCUAACAACCCCGACCAUGAGCUCACUAAGCUACUCCCCUCCUACUAAAGAAGAGGAGAAGGAAGAGGAGUCUGUCACAGUAAAAACAAAUGUAAAGGGUGAAGCUGUUACAGUUAAAGAAGAAGACGUUUCAGUGAAAGAGGAGGAGGAUGUUACUGUGAAAGAAGAGGAGGAUGUUACUGUGAAAGAAGAGGAAGAGGAGGAUGCCGUGUUGGGAGUGAAAGAGGAGAAGAAGGAGAUGACUGUCACAGUGAAAGAAGAGGAAGACGUUUUUGAGGUCAAGGAGGGGGAGAUUACUGUCACAUUGGAGGAGGAGGAAGAGGAGGUUGGAGAUAUGAUGAACACCCGUGAGAGACCAGACUCUCACAACCAGAAGAGUCCUUCAGGGGAACCAGACCCAGAGACGACCAAACCAGAAAAACCACACCACUGCUCCCAGUGUGGAAAGAGUUUUGCCUGGUUAGGGAAUCUGAAAUCACAUGAGCGCACACACACAGGAGAUAAGCCUUUCCACUGCUCCCAGUGUGGAAAUGGGUUUACCGAGUUAGGGACACUGAAAAAGCAUGAGAGGACACACACAGGAGAGAAGCCUUUCCAAUGCUCCCAAUGUGGAAAGAGUUUUACCCAGUUAGCAAACAUGAAAAGGCAUGAAGGAACACACACUGGCGAGAAGCCAUAUCAAUGCUCCCAGUGUGAAAAUACAUUUUCAUCAUCAGGGAACCUGAAAUCACAUGAGAGAACACACUUAGUAAAGAGGCCUUUCCAAUGCACUCAGUGUGUAAAGAGUUUUACCCUGUUAGGGAAUCUACAUACUCAUGAGAGAACACACACAGGGGAGAAGCUCUACCAUUGCUCAGACUGCGGAAAGAGUUUUACCUGGUUAGGGAAUCUGAAAUCACAUGAGCGCACACACACAGGAGAUAAGCCUUUCCACUGCUCCCAGUGUGGAAAAAGUUUUACCCAGUUAGGGAACUUGAAAACGCAUGAGAUGACACACACAGGAGAGAAGCCUUUCCACUGCUCCCAGUGUGGAAAGGGUUUUAGACACGGAGGGAACCUGAAAGUGCAUGAAAGACGACACACUGGAGAGAAGCCAUAUGAAUGCGCCCAGUGUGAAAUAAAAUUUUCCUCAUCCGGGGACCUGAAAAAACAUGAGAGAACACACUUAGUAAGGAGGCCUUUCCAAUGCUCUCAGUGUGGAAAGAGUUUUACCCAGUUAGGGAAUCUACAAACGCAUGAGAGAAUACACACAGGAGAGAAGACUUUCCACUGCUCCCUGUGUGGAAAGAGUUUUACUGAGUUAGGGACACUGAAAAAGCAUGAGAGGACACACACAGGAGAUAAGCCUUUACAAUGCUCCCAAUGUGGAAAGAGUUUUACCCUGUUAGGGAAUCUACAAAUGCAUGAGAGAACACACACUGGGGAGAAGCCCUACCACUUCUCAGACUGUGGAAAGAGUUUUACCUGGUUAGGGAAUCUGAAAUCACAUGAGCGCACACACACAGGAGAGAAGCCUUUCCACUGCUCCCAGUGUGGAAAGGGUUUUAGAAAUGCAGGGAACCUGAAAAUGCAUGAAGGAAUACACACUGGAGAGAAGCAAUAUCAAUGCUCCCAGUGUGAAAUUACAUUUUCCUCAUCAGGGGACCUGAAAAAACAUGCAAGAACACACACUAUAGAGAGGUCUUUCCAAUGCUCUCAGUGUGGAAAGAGUUUUACUCAGUUAAGGAAUCUACAAACGCAUGAGAGAACGCACACAGGGGAGAAGCCCUACCACUGUUCAGACUGUGGAAAGAGAUUUAUCCAGAUAGGGGACCUGAAAUCACAUGAGAUGACACACACAGGAGAUAAGCCUUUCCAAUGCUCCCAAUGUGGAAAACGUUUUCCCCGGUUAGGGAACUUGAAAAUGCAUGAGAGAAUACACACAGGAGAGAAGCCUUUCCACUGCUUCCUGUGUGAAAAGAGUUUUACAGAGUUAGGAACACUGAAAAAGCAUGAGAGGACACACACAGGAGAGAAGCCUUUCCAAUGCUCCCAAUGUGGAAAGAGUUUUACCCAGUUAGCAAACAUGAAAAGGCAUGAAGGAACGCACACUGAAGAGAAGCCAUAUCAAUGCUUCCAGUGUGAAAAUACAUUUUCCUCAUCAGGGGACCUGAAAUCACAUGAGAGAACACACUUAGUAGAGAGGCCUUCCCAAUGCUCUCAGUGUGGAAAAAGUUUUCCCCGGUUAGGGAACUUGAAAAUGCAUGAGAGAAUGCACACAGGAGAGAAGCCUUUCCAAUGCUCCCACUGUGGAAUUUUUUUUGCCCGGUCAGGGACAUUGAAAAUGCAUGAGAGAUUACACACAGGAGAGAAGCCUUUCCAAUGCUCCCUGUGUGGAAAGAGUUUUACCGAGUUAGGGACACUGAAAAAGCAUGAGAGGACACACACAGGAGAGAAGCCUUUCCAAUGCUCCCAAUGUGGAAAGAGUUUUACCCAGUUAGCGAACAUGAAAAGGCAUGAAGGAACACACACACAGGAUAGAAGCCUUUCCAAUAAUCUCAUUGUGGAAAGACAUUUUCCCGGUCAGAGGACCUGAAAUCACAUGAGAGAAUAGAGAGGCUGUGGUUCUGACUUAUAUUUUUGACUAAGAAUGAGUGUUUUGGUUUAUGCUACAUUAAAUCAAAUUGAAUGUAUGAAAGUUUACUCAAAAAUAGGCCUUCGUUUGUUUUAGUUUUUCUUCUCAAGACGUGAUCACAUCUAAAAUCAGAAUAUAUAUAUAUUUACAUGUAUUUUGAUUAUGAAUUUUGAUUGAUUGAAUAAAAGUAUAGAUUUGGAUAUUAGUAUUUCAAAAUGUAAAUGAUUAAAUAGAUGAAUAGAGUUUAUUGGGUCUAACCUUAACCUCUUGAAUUUGAUAUGAUUUGGAUAUUGCUACAUUAAUUUGAUUGGAUAUAUGAUUUGGAUAUUGCUCAUUGAAUUUGAAUGGAUACAUGAUUUGUAUAUUGCAAAAUUUAAAUUAUGAAAUUACAUUAGUAGAAUGAUUCUAACCCUGAAACCUCUUGAAUUUUGUCAGUAAGUUAAUUUGUGUACUAGUCAUCAAGUUAAAGGUGUAUAAAAUGCACUGGCGUUGUUCUGAUAACAUUGGUGAGAUAAACAUUCACCACCACGUGAACGUUCCCAUCGGUAUUUUUCCACCAUGUCAGAGAAAACACAGGUGCUGAUUGAAAAAAGGAUUUGAUUAAUGCAACAUAUUUGUAUCUGAAAAAUAAAAUAAAAGGAAUAUUUGUAA